AUGGCCCAAGCUCAGGCCCAGACCCAGGCCUGGUCCCGGCCCCAGCUCAGGCCCAGGCCCAGCCCCAACCCCAGCUCAGACCCGGACCUGGCUCAGGCUCAGGCCCUGGCGCAGGCCCAGGCCCAAGCUCAAGCUCAGGCCCAAGCUCAGAGAAAGGCCCAGGCCCAGGCCCAAGCUCGGGGAAGGCCCAGCCCAGGCCCCGGCGCAGGCGGCUGGCGCGGCGAGGCGGGGCGGCCGAGCUCCGCCCCGCUCCGUCACUGCGCGGCGCCGCGGCCGCCGGCCGGGGUCCGCCAUGGCCUCGGGGGCACCGCCGCCCGCGCCGCCGAGGAGCCGCCGCCGCCCGAGCCGCCCGCCGAGCAGAAGCCGCCGCCGCCGCCGCCCGCGCAGGAGGAGUUCUCCUUCCUGCCGCUCGUCCACGACAUCAUCAAAUGCAUGGACAAGGACAGCCAGGAUGUUCACCAGGUGCUGAAUGAGCUCAAGAACAAAUUCCAGGAGAUGAGGAAGCUGAUCAGCUCCAUGCCCGGCAUCGGUGUGAGCCCAGAGCAGCAGCAGCAGCAGCUGCAGAACCUGCGGGAGCAGGUCCGGACCAAAAAUGAACUGCUGCAGAAGUACAAGAGCCUUUGCAUGUUUGAAAUCCCCAAAGAGUAGGAAGGGCACAGCUCCGCUCUCCGGGUCUGAGAUACCUCCUCUUCUGGCUGAACGGGAGAGAAAAAGGUGGCAGAAGUUUACUUUUCUUUCUUUUAUGCUUGUUUGGUGACGUUGCUCUGAAGUUGUGUCUGUGUGGAUCGCAGGCGUGUGACACUGAACCAGAACACUGUGUGCUUCACCUAUGAUGAUUACAGCGGUACAUUCACUUUGA